AUGGUUCCUAUGUUUUCUACCGUUACUGGAAAAGCCAUUAGAGAUCCAACAGAGCUUGACGCAUCCUACUUUCGCCGCAAUCUAGAAUCUCCAGUGCUUUUCAAUCAGGCCAUUCAGAGCGUCUUCGAACACCGUCCAGAGCCCCACGCCUUCCUAGAGGUGGGCCAGCACUCGGUGUUGUCUGGUCCACUGCAGCAGAUCUUCGCGACCUAUAGGGGCAAGAAUAGACCAGUGUACAUUCCCACAUUGGCGCGGAACAUUGUUCAGUGUGGCAUCCGUAAAUGGGAUUACGCGUCGCCUGGACAGGAAGCAAUUCCAGCUGCAAUUGAGAAGCUCUCUGUUGCGGUAGGAAGUUCGGUCAUGAGGUUAGGAUCUCAGUGCAGAUCAUUGGCAAGCGGUAUAUUGAGCGGCGAUGCAACCCUCCUACAAGGUGACAAGGUAGUUCUGUCUAUAUCAAAAGCAACAUUUUUCUCCGUCGAUACGACUGGUGAUGAACCGGUGUCCAUAACAGAGGUCCGGUGGGAACCUGAUGUUGAACUGUUUCCCGCAGUGGACAUGAUUAAAAGGGCCAAGGAUUAUCAGGCCUGCCUUGACGUCUUGGCCUUCUGCGAUAAAAUAGCUAUUCUCAAAAUUCUCGAGAUAGAUUCACAUACUCGAGAUGUCGACACGCAGAUCCCUCAUUUGAUAAAAUGGAAAGGCUGGAUACACGCCCAAGCCCACAAGAUCCGAGAGGGCAAGAACAACAUCUUCCCGGAGUCAUAA